UAUGGUUGAAUGCCACGAUGUGACCUUGCAUAAAUUACGCAUAAAUUACGCAUGCGCGCGAGAGAUCUCUUUCUUCACAUUUUCCAUCGCUGAAAAUGUGAAAGUAAAAUUGAAUCGGAAGGAAGAGGACAUAAGAAAUAGCAUUGCGCUUUUGACGAAAGUUUAUAAUUAAACAAGAAGAGUAUGACUUAACCUCUUCGAUUACGCACUUCCACGUGGUACAUUUACAUGCUCUCAAGCAGUUUUACAAAUUGUCAGUACUCUCAAGUUUGCGAAGAUGGGCAAGUUAGGUCCUCGUCUAGGAAGCAGAAAGAAGGCAAAGCGAUGGGCCAAAGGGCAGAGUUCCAGUUCCAACCCGGCGACCAUGAAACACCGCGAACAGUCGACAAGUAUGUUCUUCAAAGAUCUUUCCGGUGCACCGGGUAUUACGAAGGAAGAUCUGAAGAAACAUGACGCUAUCCAAGGAAUCCAGCCUCAGCUUGCGAAGCUCGACAUUGACGAAGAUCAGCCUGAAAGCACUAUAGAUGGGACAGUGAAUACCUUCGACACAUUUGCCACCAAUUACAGUAAUUGUUCCAAUAUUUCUUUCAAUAACUUUCUCAGCCACUUUCAGUCAAGUUCGAUCAUACAUAAGGAAAUGCUGGCAGUACUAUCAGCUGUCACAGAAAUUAUCAAGCAAAAUGGCGGUAAGGAGAGCUCAACAGAAUAUUUUGCUGCACUGAUGAGCACUUUGGAGACAGUGGAAGAGGAUACUUCUGUGGCAGCAACAUUGUCAUUGCUUGGAAUGAGUUUGAAAACAGUACCGAAGAGUGUGCUUAAUGUGCAAUUUGGUGCAACAAGCCAGGUUUUUCUUCAAAUUCUAUCAAAGUAUGCUGUCACCGAGAACUUCCUCAUUCUACGACACUGCAUAGGUUGUUUAUCGGUGCUGUUGAGAGCACAGGAGGCCGCUACCUGGGCUGAUUCUUCAACAACACGAGUGUUGGAUGCUAUAUUAUCAUUUACUGCUCACUCAAAACCAAAGGUGCGUAAAUCUGCUCAGCACGCGAUAUGCGCUAUUCUUAAUGGCAGCGACGUAAUGAAGACUGAAAAGCCACCGACGCAUCAUCCGGCUGCGGGGCAAAUUGCGAUGCACUGCAUCGCGCAAAUAAACGCUGCUUGUGAUCCAGGAUCACCGUUCAAGGUCACCGCGAUUCUGCACAAUCUCACACUGUUGAAAGACGUAAUGCAUCAGCUGCCCAAGUCGUAUGUCAAAACCAUCUGUGAGCAUCUACUGAGUAUCAUGACGUUGAAGAAUGCCCUAAUAACGCUGUGUUGUUUGCAAACGCUGCACGGAUUGUUCAUCUCACGGCCGUCAGAGGCGACAUUACCUCUGCAAAGGAACGUGGAUAUUAUUAGAGCUCUUUACGACUAUCAGCCACCCGUGACCGACACGCAGCCGAUUUUGGCGUGGCUGGCGGUCAUGCAGGAAGCUCACUGUAAUCUGGCGCACGCAUUCAGCUUGUGCUCAGCCUCCUCCAACGUUGUUCGUCCUCGUUCGAUGUUGGACGACGAUCUUAUACCGAAGAUCUUGCAAAAGUGCAUCGAACUCUGGCUGUCCGACAAAGCGGAGGUCAUCUCUGGCGCGUCGCAUACUAUCAAAAUCAUUAUUCAGGAGUGCGUGGCGCCACUUUGCGAGAACGAGGAGCGAGUUAAGAGGCAUAGUUUCGUCUUUACUCAGAUUGUCUCGAUGAUGCACAAGGCGUUGAGUUAUCAGUACCUCAAAGCCUGGCAUCAUGUUCUUCAUCUUAUAGCCUUGCUCUUUCAAACAUUCGGCAAGUUACAGCUCCAGGGACUUCUGGAUAUCGUCAAGUCUCUAGGUGAAUUGCGUGACUCUUACAACUUUGCGUACAACAACGACGUGGAAUACGCAAUCGGAGCGGCGAUUCGAGCCAUGGGGCCGCAGGCUGUAUUGAACGUUCUCCCCCUACAAAUCGACGACGAUACGAUAAAUCUGAAACGGGGCUGGUUGAUUCCGCUGUUGAAGGAAUCUAUAAUCGGCGGCACAAUCUCCCUCUUCAAGGACGUUUUACUGCCCAUUGCUUUACAGUGCGAGGAGAAGUCGAAGGAACCAAUAAACGGGAAGACGUACGAAUUCCUGAUACCGCAGAUCUGGUCGAUUCUACCGAGCAUAUGCAACAACGCUAGCGACGUGAAAGAGAAUUUCCAGCAUAUCGCCAAGUUGUUGGGUCUAAUUAUCAGCGAUCAGAAGAACCUGAGGUUACCCGUGAUGGCUGCUCUGAGGAAACUGAUCAGCAAAGCGACGCAGAACGCGCACACUGAUGCCACCGCCGAGCUCGCCCGCUUCGCGAAGAACUAUCUGCCGAUUCUCUUCAAUCUGUACACGACGCAACCGAACGGCACGGACGAGGAGGGACAACGUCUCGCUGCGCUCGACACGAUCAAGACUUAUAUGACGAUAACGAACAAAGAAAUGGCGAAUGAACUGUUCGAGCGAGCGUUGAGCAAGCUCGACGCGCCCGACUCGACGGAUUUCUUCAAGGAGAGCAUUGCCGAUCUGAUAAGAGUGCUGAUCGGCUAUACGGACGCCGACAAGCUGGCCAAGUAUUACGACAUGUGCGUGCCCGUUCUCAAGGACGAAACUAAGCAAAAGGAGCAGAAGAAGGCUUACCGAUUUCUCGAGGAGAUAUGCACCGGCGACAAAGAGGUGUGCAGACAGUUCCUCGACGAGCACAGACGCAAGAUUCAGAAGACGCUGAUAUUGUCGGCGACCAGCGUAAGCAAGACUAGUAGAGGAGCGCGUUUGAGGUGUCUGACGCAUCUUGUGAAGAUGCAUCCGCAGCUCGAGAAGACCAAGUUCCUGGAGGCGAUCGUGCCGGAGGCUGUACUGUGCAUCAAGGAUAUGAAUGAGAGAUGUCGCACCUCGGCGUAUCAGUUGAUCAAUGCGAUUGUCGAGAAAUUCCUCGACAAUUUCGAACAUCUCAGGGACUAUAUGAAUAUGCUGAUGGUGGGCUUGGGUGGCGAGCAGAAGUACGUAAGCGCCACUUUGCUGGCUCUGGCCUCUGUCACAUAUCAUUACCACACCUCCUUAAGCGCCGAGAUCAUUGAGGAGAUCUUGCAGCACACCUGUACGAUCAUGACGAGUCCCACGAGGGAGAUAGUGGAGUCCGCGUUAUCCUACACGAAGGUGUACAUUGGCGUAAUGUCGUCCGCCGUGCUAGCUCCGAGCUUGUCAUGCAUAGUCAACGCUCUGUCGCAGAUAAAUGAGGAUUGCAAGCGCCACUUUCGCCAAAAGAUGCGCGACAUCUUUACGAAAUUGAUCAGGAAGUUUGGCAUUGGGCCGAUAUCAGGUAUGGUGCCGGCCAAAGAUGCGAUCUUGCACAAAAGACUGAAGAACAUCAAUAAGAUAGAGGACACAAAGAGGAAGAGGCGGGAACUCGAAAGGGCGAAGAAACUGGAGAAUGACAAUGAUGAGGAAUUUAACGCCAAGAGGAGGCCCAAGAGUAUAGAAGAGAUACUGGCCGACAGCGACGAAGAGUUUGACACUACGGAGACCGAGGAGCCGAAGAAGAAUAAGAGAAAAACGCUGAAAAAGGACACGUGGAUUCAAGAAAACGAGGAGAACAUCGUCGAUCUUAUAGAUCCUGCCGCCGCCAGAAAUAUCACAACUACACAGCCAGGUGUCUCAAAUAUGAAGACUCUUGUGAAAAAAACAAAAGAUUACGGCUUCAAGACUGCACCCGAUGGUCGUCUGAUCAUUAGGGAUGAGAAUGAGAAGGAUAGCGAUACUGAAACAGGGAAUAAGAAAAAGGGAAAAGUUUCCUUCCUUCGAAGCGAUUCAGAAGACGAUUACGAAGACGAAGAUAAUGUAUCGGUGACAAGCGCGAAGGCUGCUGACAGAAAACGUAAAUAUAAUGAAAGUGUAUCAGACGUUAUGAGUUUAAAAAGUCAGUCAACGUCGAAGUAUCAAGCGGGUGGAUCAGGUAUUCACCGGCCACUUAAAACGAGAAAGGUAGAACGCGAACCUGGUUCGGAAUACCGCGCAAUAAAGGCUGGAGGAGAUAUUAAAAAGAAGGGCAAACCAGAUCCUUACGCAUAUCUACCUUUGACGAGAUCUGCAUUGAACAAAAGAAAGAAGAAAAAGAAUGCGGGUAAGUUCCGAAGUAUCGUUUCUGGGACAAGAAAGGGCGCGCGUAUAGGAAUGAAAAAUAAACGAAGAAAAUAUUAAAGAUUAAAUAACAUGAAUUUUACAAGGAUCUAUUUGUAUAUAGCACUUCUCUUUCAUUGCAUUGAUACUUUAUAUCAGGGACAUCCAGCCAGUCAAUCGUAAUCUAAUGGUCAAACGUAAUUUUUUGAAAAAAGGUUGGACAAUGCUGCUUUAUAUAAUAUAAAAUGUAAAUUAUCAUCUACAUAUAUUUAUAAAUUCUUCACAGACACAGCUAUAAUAUUGAAAGAGUAAAUAAAUGUACGCAUAUACAGUGCAACGAUAGCAUUUAUUCAGAAAGAAAUGCCUCUUUAUGAAUAGAGAUACUCCUGAAUUUCAUCUUAUCAAAUCUUUAAUAUAAAGUGUAAUAUAGAAACUGAGUUCAUAUUUAAAAAAUUAUGAAAAACUGCAUAAACUUUUUUGGUUAUCUGAUAUUAGCAGUAAAUUUUGGAUGUAGUUUUAAUAUUAGAUGAGUCAAUUCAUCAUAAGAUACGCCUAAUUUUAUUGGCUUAUCAAAAGUAUUGUUAAGUAUUGAUUAUCAGUACUGGCAAUACUUUUAAUGAAUGAAUAAAGUUAGGCGAAUCUACGGGGAUGACACUGCCGGCCAGGUUUUGUCGUUUGCUACAUUUGUAGAUUAUGAUAGUCUUCGGUCAUAUGUAGUGUAGUGUCACAAAACAGAGCAGGUGUUUUUCGUUUAUUUCGCUGCGUUGCUUCGCUGAUAGUUUAGCAUGUCGAACUAUGAGCGUUCCUUCGCUGACUACGCAUUUUCACAUGAAUCGGCGGAGUGAGGAAACUUCGCCAGCAAAGUUUUUCGCUGCAUGAAAUUGUACCUUCCUUCAUUUAUUAGGAACAUUAAUCCGCGCCACCAACAGUUUGGUGGUGCAUAAAUCGACCCGCAUCGUUUAUUUGUACUACCGAAGAAAAAUAAAAAAGUAAAAUAUUUUGAAAAAUAAAAUUAAAAAAAAAUUUAAAAAGUAAAAUAUUUGAGUAGA